AUGAGUGAGUUGGCUGAAAGCACCAAAGAACAAUAUCUGGAGCCAGCGAUCACCGGAAAAGUAGGCGAUGCCGAUCCGGACACCUUCCCUGAUGGCGGCCUGAGAGCGUGGAGCGUCGCUUUAGGCAAUGCAGGCGUAAUGUUCUGCACCCUCGGCUAUGUCAACUCCUGGUCGGUCUACCAGGCAUAUUAUGAAGGGCACCAGUUGCGAGAUGUCAGUCCCUCUGCAAUUGCCUGGAUUGGAUCACUCCAGGCGUUCUUCAUCUUCGGAUCAGGGUUGAUCGGCGGACCGUUAUUUGAUCGAAUGGGAGCCAAGGUGAUCUACCCCGCGGCCAUCAUCUAUCUAUUCAGCAUCUUCAUGACGAGCCUCUGUAAAGAGUACUAUCAAUUCAUGCUGGCACAAGGCAUCCUCGGUGGCCUCGCCAACGGCUUCACAAUGUCUCCAUCCAUGGCCGCCACGCCGCAGUACUUCAAGAAAAAGCGAGGAGCAGCCAUGGGGUUAGCCAUUGCCGGUUCCUCGAUCGGAGGCGUCAUCCUCCCCAUCGCCUUGAACCAGCUGAUCACCCAGACAGACCUCGGCUUCGGAUGGUCGGUCCGCAUCGUGGGCUUUCUAAUGCUGGUCGUGCUCAUUCCGUCCUGCCUGGCCAUUCGAGCCCGCCUACCGCCCCGAAAAACCCACUUCUUCCUACCAGGCGCCUUCAAAGACCGCUCCUACAGUCUCCUCAUCGCCUGCAUGUUCUUCACCUUCCUCGGGUUGUUUCCGCCCAUGUUCUACAUCCCCAGCUGGGCCCUGACCCAGGGCAUGGGCGCCACCCUGGCUUUUUACUUGGCCGCGAUCCUCAACGCCGCCUCGUUCCCCGGCCGGGUGAUUCCCGCCGUACUCUCAGAUAAAAUCGGCCCCCUGAACGUCUUGUGUGUAGCCGGACUCACUACGGGCAUAUUAACGCUGUGCUGGCAGCGAGUUGAAGGAAAUGCAGGCAUCAUCGUCUUCACGGCCAUAUUUGGCUUCUGCUCCGGUGCCAUUAUCUCCGGUGCGGUAAUUCCGCUGGCCUCCUGUACGAAGACGGCCCAGAAUAUUGGCACGUACAUGGGGAUGGGGAUGGCGGUGGGCUCUUUGGCUGUGUUGGCGGGGCCUCCAGCCACUGGGGCUAUGUAUGAACGGUACCAUGACUUUGAUGCCGUGUCGACUUUCUGUGGAAUGAUGUGUUUGGUCGGGGCGUUGUUGGUGAUUCCAGUGAAGAUUGUGUCGGGGCAUGCUCUGCUGUCGAAGACUUAG